AGGUUGUCACAUUAAACAUCUAUUACUUGUCAUUACAAUCAGUCAAAUUUGUCUAUCCAGAUGAGAGUGGUGUCGAAUACUGCAAAAACAAUGGCUUCCGUUAAGAAAUUGAUUAAAACAGCACACGCGCCAGUCCCAAUUGCUCCUUAUAAUCAAGCCGUAGUGUUAGACAAUACGGUAUACGUUUCCGGAUGCCUCGGAGUCGACAAGGAUACAAAUAAGUUGGUCGAGGGAUCCGUGGCUGAUGAAGCUAGACAAGCUCUGAGAAAUCUGGGACAUGUUUUAGAGGCUGCCGAGUCAAAAUAUGAAAAUGUGAUAAAAUCGACAGUUUUCCUGAACGACAUCCAAGAUUUUCAACAAAUAAAUGAAGUUUAUAAAGAAUUUUUUAAGAAGGAUUUCCCUGCAAGGUCUGCUUUUCAAGUGGGAAAGUUGCCAAUGAACGCAAGAGUAGAGAUUGAAGUUGUUGCUGCUGUAGGGAAUGUAAAGGUCAUAUGUUGCUAAUUAAACAGUAUUCGUGUUAGUCUUAUACUUUAUUAUACCAAUAAAUCAAAUAUACACUUUAAA